AUGAUGAUGCACCAACAACAACAUCCUCAUGAAGAGGAUCGACUUCACCAAAUAUCACCACCACAACCGCCAUCACCCAUACUGCUCGACGACGAAUAUCGAGAUUCCUUUGCCUCUCUCGAUGACCAUCCUUCGUAUCUGAUGGAUGAAUCCAAUCAUGAGUCCUCCAUAACUAUGCAUCCUCAUCCCUAUGAUUUGCCAAAUGUACUUGGACAAGAGACAACACAGGACGGAAUGACCAGUAUAGGAGAUUUUGUCAAGACCACAACAAUACCAACUUUGGAAUCAACAACAUCUUCCUUUCAUCAUUCGACCUUUAACAACAACAACCACAUUCACCAUUAUGAAUUUUCUCAUUCCUCCUCACCUCUUCCAAGAUCUCAAGAAUAUCGAAAAGAACAGAUAAUGACAAACACAACAAUUCAGAGAGAUCGAGUGGAAACUCCCACCACAGAUUUGAGUGAUGUCAUGUUGCAAGAAAUUGACCUCGGAAUUCCGAAUGUGAAAAUUAUUUCACACACUUCUUUUCAUCAUUCACAACAUGGAUUGCAAAAUGAAUUGAAAAUGUUGGACGAUGAUGGACCUUCUAAUCAAGAAUCUUCACAGCAACAACAUGAUUCUUCUGCAGAGAAACACAAAUCAGUUUGGAGUGAUUUGGCAUUACAGUUUUUAGGACGACAAGUGACAGAUACGUUUUUGACAUUUGAAGAUUCUCAACAAAUUUCUGUGGAAAUGAUGCAAGUGUUAAACGAAAAUUCAUUAAUUGUGAAUAUGAGAAAGUGGUUGUGGAGAUUGAGUGGAGGAUUAAUAUUCUCAAUUUUUUAUGCAUUGAGUGCUUGUUUGAUUUUUGUCAUUUAUGGAUUUUGUUUUUCACUGCCAUGUGUCAUGCAAUUAUUUCGAAUUGCAAAAUUCAUGUCCUUUCCAUUUACUAAAUUAGAAACUUAUUAUUAUGUAUUAUCAAGAUUGAAUGAGAGUAAUAGUGAGUUAUUAGCUAGUGCGAGUAGUAGUAGAAAUUCUGUGAAUCAUGUCAUAAUGCAACAUUUCAAUAGUUCCAAUCGACUGUCAUCGACUAGUUCUCCAAUUCCUCAUUCCUCAACCUUAGAAAAAUCCAAUUACAUCAAAAGUAUUAAGGAACAUCGAGAAUUAAUCUUUAACUCUCGAGAAAAGCAUGGCAUCUUGUUAUGGAUUGCCAAUCUUGUGUGGCUCUUACUUUUUGGUUGGGUGUUGGCAUUGUUACAUUUAAUAUUUGGUGGAAUUUUAAUAUUAAGCGUUGUGGGUUCAGAAUUUGGAAGAAGACACUUAGCUCUUGUGACUUUAUCAUUAAUGCCCUUUGGUUUGUCCAUUAAAAAGUAA